CUCAGCACGCCCUGGAUUCGAAUACUCUAAUUGAUAUACCCAUGCCCCUUCCCAAUAUCAAUUCUUCUGGACAGAUCUGAUAGACUGUAGUCACCAUUGCAAGCACAUCCACAUUAGUUGCCAUAGUAACAAUGCAAACUUGCGUGUGUUCAGCAAUGGAUGUUUUGCAUGAGGGCCGUAUCCAAAUAUGAACACAUUAGUCUCAGACAACGGCUUAAAAAAAUGGUUGAGGAUUUCACAGUCCAACCCAAACCUGAAGUAUAACUGGAUGUUUACCUCUCAUAUGCCUCUCCGUCCAUAUGAUGCCACUGAAAAUAUGUUCCACAUGGCAACAGAAUGAAAGGCAGAUUCUGUAGUACUGUGGAAAACUGCAUGGCUGGCAUACUGCCACCGAUUCAGACACCGAAACAAAAGUUCAACACAGUAGUUGCAGUCUUUGCUUUCAUACAGCAUGGACACCAACACAAAGCCAAAGUCACAUUUAUGGGACAUCUCAAUAUUCAGUUUAUCCACAAACGCUCUCAUUAGUAUGCGAGUCAUAAGUGGCCUCUUCACCAGACAGUCAGUCUUUGAUUUCAUCUGAUCCCACUCAAACCUCGCUCAUGGUUUUAUCUGCACCAGCUCAGCGGCGCCGCUCGUAAACGCUCCGUGUUGGCGUGCGCUGCGGUUCACAAUGAGCUGCCACCUUGAAGCCGGAUUUUGUGGGUGGCAUCAUGGCCUGCAGCAUGGCAGAGCCACGAUUCCCUACCAGUGGGAAGAGCGCUGCAGAUGGUUCGCUGCCACUCUUAACACUGACGAGGAAACACGACGUGAAAGCCGUUAAACUCAUUUGCAUUAGAAUUAUUUGCGGCGAUGUACAUGGAAGAACUUGUAAAGUCAACAUGAAACUACUGCAACCCAUGAGGGGCACAUAACGGGGUAUUUACACUUCUUCACUUCAUGCGGUUCUGAUCGGAUUGCUUUGAGAUUAUGAUUAAGUGUAAAUGCCGUUGGAGUCCGGAGGUGGUUUGAGACGCAUUCCCGACUCGCUCAAGUGUAUAAAUGCAUCUGGCUGUUCAAGUCACAUGUGUAAACAUUACUCCGCCCAAAGAGCAUCAGCAUAGGGCAAAUGUGACAUAACAGCUGUAACUGAGUAUUUGCGUGGUGCAAAUUAAGAAACAGAUGCCAAAUAUAUUUGAUGCAGAUCGCUGAAGAAACUCAAAGUAAACACUGAACACAAGCGCAGCUGACACGCAUGACACAUCUUAACCACAACAAGCCCCGGCAGGAAUAACACACACACACUCACACACACACACACACACACACACACACUCACAAACAAACACACACACACUCACAAACAAACACACACACUCUCUCUCACACACACACGCACAGACACACAUGCACGGACACACACGCACUCACGCGCGCACACACGCACUCACGCGCGCACACACAAACAAACAAACACACACUCUCACUCACAAACACACACACACACAGUCACACACACAAACACGGACUCACACGUACAUACAUGCACGGACACACAUGACACGCAUGCACUCACACACGCACACACACAUGCACGCAAUCACAGACACACUCACACACACACACACACACACACACACAGACAUCCACACACACACACACACAGACAUCCACACACACGUCACUUGGAAUCAAAUAAUGAGUCGCACCUUUUUAAUUCGCCGCGUGGUAUUUGCGUAAUCAUUAAAGUGAAAUGUGUUUUAUUUGCAUAUAGCGCGGGAACUGAAGAUCGGAUUUAUAUCCGUUUGGAGGAGACACAUUGAUGUGGCCGAGUGUAAAUAUUAGAGGUCAGUGAUAGUGGAUUCCGCUGAUAACUGAAGUGGUGGAAAAGGCGGAUGUCCGAUUAACGGUCAACUAAACUAGUCCAUAUCUACAGGCUUUAGUUCACCUUAAUUUAAAAUCUGCCGUCUCUCUCAACACACAUGAUGUCACAGAGGUGCAGAAACCUUGUCCAAUCAAAUGCUUUCUAGAACAAAAACAAACCCUCCCCCUACAUCUGUCCAGCGUACCCGGCUGUGUUCUAACUGCCGCUGACAAUGCCUUUGCAGGGCACUUUGAAGGGAACAGAAUCCCAAACCAUUUUCCAAAAAUAAUCACUUAUAAAGUGAGUUCUGACUGACUGAUAUCACCUUUCAGAUAUCUGAAGCUCUCACAGUGGAGGUUAAUUGUCUUCGAAGCGAAUAGGGCAUAGGGAUGAUCACUUGGGAAUGGGAUGUGGCAGCGUGGGAGCAGCAAGGUGUAAAGGGGCGUAUGUGUCUGUAAACUAAAGCCUAUUGGCUAUUUCUAAAAGUGAGACAAGUCGUUUGGCAUGUCCAGCCCCCACAAUUUGGUUACCCCAUGUGACUCUACCCUCCCUAGUAACCGGGUCAAUUUGGUUACCCCAUGUGACUCUACCCUCCCUAGCAACCGGGUCAAUUUGGUUACCCCAUGUGACUCUACCCUCCCUAGUAACCGGGUCAAUUUGGUUACCCCAUGUGACUCUACCCUCCCUAGUAACCGGGUCAAUUUGGUUACCCCAUGUGACUCUACCCUCCCUAGCAACUGUGCCAAUUUGGUUACCCCAUGUGACUCUACCCUCCCUAGCAACCGGGCCAAUUUGGUUACCCCAUGUGACUCUACCCUCCCUAGCAACCGGGUCAAUUUGGUUACCCCAUGUGACUCUACCCUCCCUAGCAACCAGGCCAAUUUGCUUAUCUCAUAUGGAUCUACCCUCCCUAGCAACCGGGCCAAUUUGCUUACCCCACGUGACUCUACCCUCCCUAGCAACCGGGCCAAUUUGCUUAUCUCAUAUGGAUCUACCCUCCCUAGCAACCGGGCCGAUUUGGUUACCCCAUGUGACUCUACCCUCCCUAGCAACCGGGCCAAUUUGCUUUUCUCAUGUGACUCUACCCUCCCUAGCAACCGGGCCAAUUUGCUUUUCUCAUGUGACUCUACCCUCCCUAGCAACCGGGCCAAUUUGGUUACCCCAUGUGACUCUACCCUUCCUAGCAACCGGGCCAAUUUGGUUACCCCAUGUGACUCUACCCUUCCUAGCAACCGACCAAUUUGGUUACCCCAUGUGACUCUAUCCUCCCUAGCAACCGGGCCAAUUUGGUUACCCCAUGUGACUCUACGCUCCCUAGCAACCGGGCCAAUUUGGUUACCCCAUGUGACACUACCCUCCCUAGCAACCGGGCCAAUUUGGUUACCCCAUGUGACUCUACCCUCCCUAGCAACCGGGCCAAUUUGGUUACCCCAUGUGACUCUACCCUCCCUAGCAACCGGGCCAAUUUGGUUACCACAUGUGACCCUACCCUCCCUAGCAACCGGGCCAAUUUGGUUACCACAUGUGACUCUACCCUCCCUAGCAACCGGGCCAAUUUGGUUACCACAUGUGACUGUACCCUCCCUAGCAACCGGGCCAAUUUGGUUACCACGUGACUCUACCCUCCCUAGCAACCGGGCCAAUUUGGUUACCACAUGUGACUCUACCCUCCUCAUUUUACACGUAAUAACUAAAAGUUAUAAUUUUCGUUGACUAAAAUUAUGUAAUUUAUGUCAGAGUAAAACUCGAAGGCGCGUGCAAAGUAAAGUUAGAAGAUUAAGAAACAUUGCUGACUUUUAUUUUGAAAUUCUUCGCAGUACAACGGUUUCUUUUGCGCACACUCAGAGCGUAUGAGUAUGUUUUCAUUUAACAUACAAAUCACAAAUGACGUUGAAAUCUAAA